AUGGGUGUGGCGCUGAGAGCUGUGGGCAGUUCGGCCUGCUCUGCCUGCAGGCUUUCUGCCCCGCGGCUCUUCGCGGGACACAUCUCGGCCUUGCGAGCAGUGCAGGCCGCUACUCGUCAGUGGCCGGCCACUCCAGCAAACGCGAGAUUCUCCAGCUUUAGAGCCACCCCCCGGCUGCAGCAGCCCUCCAUCGAGGAGGUCGAAGAAGAAAAGGUCGGGAAUGACGUGCAGGAACCCGCCUCAGGGCCCAAUGGCGACGACGUGCCCUGGUACCUGCAGGUAGAACCGCCGCGACAUCCAACCCUGCUCCACGAGCCGCCGCCCCUGCCAGAGAUCCCCGAGUCCUCGCCCAAGCUGAUGGAACCGCUGCUCAAAUUCGCCGCUGAAGAGCUGGGCCUGGACGAGUUGUCGCUGCUCGACCUCCGCGAGCUCGACCCGGCGCCGGCCCUGGGGCCCGACUUGAUGAUGCUCUUCGGCUCGGCCCGCAGCGAGCGUCACCUGCACGUCUCCGCCGACCGCCUGGUCCGGUGGCUGCGCGGCCGCGGCAUCACGGCCCAGGCCGACGGUCUGCUUGGGAGGAACGAGCUCAAGACGCGGCUGAGACGCAAGGCUCGCAAGGCAAAGCUCCUGGGAAAGACGGGGGGUGGGCCUGGCGAGGACGACGGCAUCAGCACGGGCUGGAUCUGCGUCAAUCUGGGUACACUGGGCCGGUCCGACCAAGAGGUGACUAUCUAUGACGAGACGGGCGCUCAGGUCGGCUUCGGGGUGCCGCAGCUGGGAACCACGGUGGUGGUGCAGAUAAUGACCGAGUCUCGGAGGGAGGAGUUGAGCCUUGAGAAGCUCUGGAGCGGAAAAUUAAAACGCAGCCUCGAAAAGAAUCAGCCCGAGCAAGAGAUUGAAGCUCCCGGUGCCAAAGGCCCGGGUAUCGUGGGUGGGAGCCAGUUCGCGGUGCCCUCACGCUUCUUCUCUACAUCAAGUAGGCAACUCGAUGUUCCUGCCGUCGAUAGCACCGCUAUCGGUGAAAUCAUUAGCAGCGGUCGGCAAGCCGUCUCUAUGGAAGAAAUGUCUGAGCUUCUGAUGACAGACGUCGAGUCCAAGCUCCAUGUUCUCAGUCUCCUGAAACAGUAUGCAGAGUCGUUGAACGAUCACACGACUGCGCUUGAUCGGGCUCUAGUCCCUUUCGAAGACGGGGCCCCAUCAGCCUUUUUGUCGAUAUUCAACCGUGCAAUAUCUGGCCUCUCGCCUUCUCAGGCCUUGGAGCAUCGGCUUUGGCUCGAGACCCUCCGAGCCAACAAUCUUAGCCCUUUCUACUCCAACUUCGAGGUCGCAAAGGCCCUCGUCAAGGAGCUGCAGUCCGGUCCCGAGAUAAGCCGCGAGAACUGCAUAGACCUCAUCCGGCUCAUCUACACGCACGGAGGCAAAAGCGACGAAGAUGUGCGCCAACAGUCAAUCCUUACCAUGGAGGUCAUAGAUACCAUGUCUGCGCGGGGCGAGAAGGUACUGGACAACGACGUGGUUGGCACCGUGAUCGAGUCGCUCCUCCGCCACGGCCGGAAAGAAAGCCCAGAAGUCACGCGGCUGCUCCGGCAGUUUGAGGAUCUCUUCGCGCCGGGCUACCUGCCUUGUCCUUCGGAAGCCCUUCUGGUGCGGCUCCUGGACGCAUACUCGGCCCAGGGCGACUGGGGCGGUUUCUGGAAGACCUGGCGCAUCCCGCCUCGCUUUCUCCAGCCCCGGUCCGGCCGCAUGUACGCGUACCUUUUCCACCGCUUCGCCGCGGAUAACAAUCAGAAACGGGCCACUUAUGCUCUCCGGUGGACCGUUGACGAGAUGACCAAGGAGCAGCCGCCGGUCCUUCCAAGGGGGCGGCUCCUCGAGGCCCUGAAGGCGUGCAUUCUCUGCGCGGACCCGACGGCGGUGCGGAGAGCCAAUCAAGUCAAAAUGAUGCCAACCAUGCCGAGAGAGGCUGCCGGAGAGUUUCCGUAUCUGCUACUCAAGCUUGACGAGGCUGCGGAGACGGAUAAUUUUCAAGUAUUCCAGCCCAAUAAUCUCGGGGCGUAG